AUGCCUGGAGGAGUUACGGUAAAGGACGUAAACUCGCACGCUUUCGUAAAGGCUCUUGGAGCCUUCCUUAAAAGAUCUGGAAAUCUAAAAGUCCCUGAUUGGGUUGACCUUGUAAAAACUGGAAAGCACAAGGAACUUGCCCCAUAUGAUCCUGACUGGUAUUACAUUAGAGCUGCAUCAGUCCUCAGACAUGUUUAUCUUCGAGGUGGUGUCGGUGUAGGUGCUCUUACUAAAGUAUACGGAGGU